CAGCGACGGUCGGGAAGUGGUGACGGAACUGUUUCCACCGACACAGUCCACCUCAGUUGACAGUGGUUCUUGGUGUAGUCAACUCGUACGUGUCUCUCUCACUCAUAUUGCUUCGACUGGAACGGCUGCAGGAUGAUUACCCCGAGUUCUGCUCGACUCCUCGCAGAACCGGAACCCAAACACAACGGUAUUAACUUCCAGGCAGAGAUCUGCCGCAGCCGCUACGACCACAGAGAUGAACUUGAAGAUUUGAUCAGGAGGCCGAACCCUUACUACAGCGACAAAUACUUCGAGGCGUUCCGGCGUUCAUUGGAGGAGCCAGAAACGUUCUGGGCGGAGGUGGGGGCGUGCCUCUCCUGGACAAAACCAUGGACCAGAGUGCUGGAGAACUCUGAUCAGCCCUUCACUAAAUGGUUUGUGGGUGGGGAAUUGAACGCCUGUUACAACGCCGUGGACCGACAUGUGGCGGCAGGCAAAGGCAGCAAGGUGGCUCUCAUCCACGACAGUCCGGUCACCAGGAGUACACGUCGUGUCACCUACAACGAGUUGCAGCAGCAGACAUCUUUGCUGGCAGGAUCUUUGGCUAGCUUGGGUGUUCGUAAAGGUGACAGAGUCCUUAUAUACAUGCCUCUCAUCCCUGAGGCCAUUAUUGCCAUGCUGGCCACGGUUCGGUUGGGAGCAGUACAUUCUGUUGUCUUCGGAGGGUUUGCAGCUAGAGAAUUGUGCGCCAGAAUAGACCACGCGCAACCCAAAGUCAUCAUCGCCGCAAGCUGCGGAGUCGAGCCAAACAAAAUUGUGAAUUAUAAGAAAAUUCUAAACGAGGCCAUAGCGAGGGUGCAGUGCAAACCCCUAAGGUGCAUCAUCUUCCAGAGACGUAAUGUCCAGGAGGUCGAGCUCUGUCCCGGCAUGGACCUGCUGUGGGACGAUGCUCUCUCUGUCGCCGAGCCUCACCCCUGCGUGCCUGUAGAGGCCAACGAUCCUCUGUACAUACUUUACACUUCCGGUACCACAGAUCAGCCGAAGGGGAUCCUGCGCCCUACAGGUGGACACAUCGCCACGCUGGCCUGGACCAUGUCUGCGGUGUACGGGAUGACGGACUCCGAUGUCUGGUGGACAGCCUCGGACAUGGGCUGGGUCGUGGGCCACUCUUAUAUCUGCUACGGCCCGCUGUGUGCUGGCCUCACUUCGGUCAUGUACGAGGGCAAGCCCGACCGCACCCCUGACUCUGGCCAGUACUUCCGCGUUAUCAACGAUCAUCAAGUAAACGCUGUAUUGACGGCCCCCACAGCCCUCAGGGUCAUAAGGAGGUCCGACCCGGAGGCUCGAUUGGGCAAAAAAUACUCCACUAAGUCUUUGAGACAUCUAUUUGUGGCCGGGGAACACUGCGACCAUGAGACUAAAACCUGGUCAGAGCAGGUGUUUCAGGUCCCUAUCCUGAACCACUGGUGGCAAACAGAGACCGGCCAUGCUAUCACUGCCUCCUGUGUAGGUCUAGAACACAGUACGUCUCCGCCCAAGUAUUCUGCAGGGAUGCCAUUCCCCGGCUAUGACGUCCGUAUACUUCGACAUGACGGCAGCGAGUGUGAUUAUCACGAGCUGGGGCGGAUCGUUGUCAAACUCCCGUUGCCGCCAGGCAUCAUGUGUAACCUGUACAAGGCGACACAACGGUUUCUACAAGUUUACUUCUCCACCUAUCCGGGGUACUACGAUACGAUGGAUGCUGGGUACCGUGACGAGUUCGGAUACAUCUACGUGACGGCACGAGACGAUGACGUGAUCAACGUGGCAGGACACCGACUCUCCACAGCCGCCUUAGAGGAUGUGAUCCUCAGCCAUAAGGACGUGGCGGAUGCUGCAGUCGUAGGGGUGCCAGAGCCAACAAAGGGAGAGAUACCACUCUGCCUCUUUAUUGUCAGAAACGACUGCACCAAGAGUGAGGACGUCCUGCGAGAAGAGCUAGUGAGGCAGGUGCGGGAACUGAUCGGACCAAUCGCUGCAUUUCGACUGAGCGCCGCCGUUUCCGCGCUUCCCCGCACCCGGUCAGGCAAGACGGCCAGGAAAUCCAUCGCAGACCUCGCCCGUAACAAACAGAUCAAGAUCCCCGGGACUAUAGAAGACCCUACCAUCUAUAAGGAGAUCAAACAUGUGCUACAGACCCUAGGAUACGCCCUGACGGCUCCUGACCCUCUUUGAAACCUGGAGACACUGAUCAUCAGUCAAAAAUUAUGAAUAGGAACAAGCCAUGAACUGUCUAUAACUUUCUUGACUUAUGUUUCAUUGUGUAGUUAUCACAUUAGAAAAGGUCAUGUACGUGUAUCCUAAUAUUUUUUUGGUCUUUUGAGUUAAAUUGUGUACUUUCAUCUACAGCUAUAGAUGUGUAAAUGUUUUACGCAACUCUUAGUAAAUAAGUAAUUUUGUAUGUAUCUUUAUAGUAUAGCCUUGACUUCCGAAAACAUAAAACCAAAAGGAUGAAAUUCUCGAAAUCAAUUUUACUAUAUACUUAUUCAAACAUAUUAACUGAGAAACCUUUGACUGUCUUGCUUAUUCCCAGAUGUAAAAAUGAAAUUAAUAGAUGAAAUUCUAAUACAGAAUUCUACACUCAAAGUGUAUAGCACUUCAUUAAAUUUUUUAAUAAUACGUUAUAAACAUUGCAUUAUUGAAAGUGGAGAAACAAUCGAGUUCAACGGAUUGGAGUCGACUGAGGAUCAAGUUGUUUUUAUUGGCUUUAAUGAGUUUUUUUUUUUUAAAGCAGCGUGAGCUGUAUUAUUAAAAGAGCAAUAAAAUAUUGUGCUUUAUUUUGUAUACGAUAUCAUGAUCCUGAUUAAUCAGACUUAAUAUAAAGACCGGCUUGAUUGUAGAGAUGUUUUGUAAAAAAUGGUAAAUAUAAGGGAAUGUGUGUAAAAAGGGAUUUUUUUAAAUUUUUAGUUGUGUUAUUGUGAAAGUAAACCGUUGAUGGAGAAUUGGCAUGCUUAUUUUAUAAAAACACUAAGGUUGUCCGUAGCCAGCCAAGUUAAGACUGUAUCACUCACAGGCCCUUUUCAUAAUUUCAGAAGAAAUAAUACAAACAUUUAAGGGCUUGAACUACUUUUCCUAAAACAAUCUUUUAGCACACCAAAAACCGUCUAAAAGAAGAAAUAUUCAGGACACGCCACUUACUUAUUAACUGUUUUUGUCUACCUACUAGUAUUCAAACUAGUGCUUUCUAUAAUAAGUUGCAAACCUAAGUCCUAACUAUUGUUGAGGACAAAAAUGAAUUUUGUAACCAAAUAUCCUCACAUGUACUCCAAUUAAACUUAUUUAUUGAUCUUUAAUAAUAGCUAAACAAGUAUAAUACUGGAUCAUUGCUUAGAUUUUUAAAUAAAUGAAUUAAAAAUGGA